AUGAAUACAUUUAUGUCAACAGCACGUAACGCAGACGUUGCACGUGGUUUUAUUUUUGAAGCAACAAACGCUGUUAUUUUUCGAAUUAAUAUACAAAGUCAAACACCUCAGACGUCGAAACAAUUUCUCGAUAUUUCUCGUUUGAGCUCGAUGCCAGAAGAAGAAGAAAUUUUAUUCUUUCCUGGAACUAUUUUCUCUAUUGAUUCUGUUGAAAACGAAACUGACUCAACAUGGUUCAUAAAAUUGACUUUACAUAAUGAAAUAUCGAAACAUAUUGAAAAACUGGCGCCUUCUUUUCAACAAUACAUCGCUACACCCGAUAUUCGCCUCGAUUUAUUUAUGAGAACAGAUGAUUUUAAUAUGAUUGAUCGAUAUUACUCGAUAUUAACAGAACAAACAUUUUCAUUGGAGAAUAAUCCAACAACUAUGAUAUAUAUUUAUAUCGCUUUUUCCUUAAGUAAUUUAGGUCUUUAUAAGAAAGCGAUUCACUUUUAUGAAACAGCUAUUUCGGUGGGAAAGAUUUCCAUGAAUAGUCCUGAAUUCAAAGUUCUUUAUAUGAUCAUUGGUUAUCUUUAUUUUCAUUUAUCUGAAUACGAUAAUGCUUUUAUUUAUUAUGGAAUUGUAUUGUCAUUCUUAACUGAAAGUGAUUUAUUAACAAGUGAACUUUACAAUCACAUCGGUGAUGUUUGGAAUAAAACUGAGAAUGAGGACAUCGCGCUAUCAUGUUAUCAAGAAGCAUUAGAAAUUGCAAAUUAUCGAGAUACUCCUUCGUUACCGAAUAUCUAUCAAAGUAUCAUCGGUAUACUUGAGAAAAAGGGAAAUUCUGAAGCAGCUUUAAUCUAUAAAAAACAAGCCAAGGAAAUCGAUGACGAUCAGUAUCAUAUAUUAACAUCAACAUUAGACCAUGACACAUUGUUAAAAUGUCAAAGUGAACUAAGGAAUAAUAGAAGCCUUACGGCAAAACAACGUGGUGGUUUAUUAUAUACAAUUGGUUUAUGUCUUUUGAAAAAAGGUGAAUUUUCGAGAGCUCUGACGAACCUUUUAGAGGCAAAAAAUUCACUUCUAAAAGAGUCACUAUCCUGGGACCGUUUUGCUCGACAGUUGCCGACGUUAUUUGAUAAUAUUGCAUUUCUCUAUCUUCUUCUUGGAGAUCAUUUACAAGCGUUAACAAUGUGGAAGAAAUCUAUUGAUUUGCGUAGCCGUUCUUAUUCACGCUAAUUUAUAUUUGUUUCUAUCACACUAAGUAAUUGACUGUAUUCUUAGUACUUCUACGAAAAAAACAAGAUAUCCAACGGUUAUUUUCUUGGAGAAAAGGAUGAAAUACAUAUUUGCUUACGAAAGCAUGAUGAAUCACAUAGAUAAUUAAAUGAUGGAGUGAUAGCGUUAUUUAAUUAUAUCGACAUGUCUUUUACAUUCGUUCAAAAAAAACGAAUUUAUCCAAUCAAAUAGCAUGUACAAUGAAAAGUUUAAGAUAGCUCAAAGACAAAUUUCAUUCCAGUGAACGAACAAUAAAUUCGUAAACGUUAAUAAAAUUUGUUUAGAUAAAUAUAAUUUCGAGUAAACUAGAAACUAACACACGACGUAUUAAAAGUUUCAAAAUAAUCGUCUUUAAAAACAAAAAAAAUCUGUUUUUCGUUUUCGUUUUUAAGAAUUAUUUAUCAAUUAUUUUCGUUUCAAAGCGCCUAUUAUUUAAAAAUAGAGAAAGUACCUGAAAUGAGACUCUCCGAACUCGAAUCACCUCGACAUAAUUUUUGCCAUUUCGGCUAUUACUUUUUCUGGUACAUGCUUUUCUGGAGAUUUUUCCCUCAGCUGAUAGGUGUGACGAAAAAUGAUAGAAGGGAUAUUAGUGUGGAUGGAGGUACACUUUAUUCUAUUCCUUCAUAUCAUACAAUCGUACCGCUUACAUAUAAAGCACACGUUUAAAUACACGCGUAGAAUAAGAGAAGAUGAAAAGAAAGAAGAUGAGGCCAAGGCGAGAAUAAUGUAAGAAUAAAAAGAUGAUGAGGCCAAGGAGAGAACACAUAGAAGAACAAUAGAGUAAGAAUAGAUAGGUGAGAAGGGUGUGGGUGUGGGUGUGGGUGUGGGUGUGGGUGUGGGGUGUGGGUGUGGGU